AUGGUUACGAAACUUAGUGAAUUAUUUGCUUUUACCAAAAUAUUCUUCCUCAUGAUGAGGUAUGGAACGUAAAGGCUUUGUUUCAAGUCAUAGAGAUUGAUAAAUAUUAAAAGUUGUGAGCCAUUUGUCCAAGGCUCCAAGAUUGAUAAAUUUACAAGUUAUGAAUAAAGCAAAUUUGAAGAUUAGGGCAUUUGUCAGGCAAGACGUAAGAAAAAUUAGAGGUUAAAUGCUUUGUUCUCAAAUUAGAGAGGUUUACUGAUCGAGUAUAGCUUUAUGUAGCUACAACUAUGA